AUGAACCCGGGCAACGUUGUCGAGGCUCCGGAAGUCCCGCCGCCAUCAGAUGACCGGACAAGACCAGACGAGACCGUGCCAGAACUGCCAACCGUUCCAGCGACGUGUUCCGGCCAGGCAGAACUGGAACCUAAUACCGGCGACAGCGGCCGCGGUGACAGCGAAGAAAGCCUGGUGGUGGAAGCCGUGGACGAUCCCUCGGCUAAAUCUAAAAAACGCACCACACUUUGGAGACGGACGAAGCGAAUCGUCCGUUGCACGUUUUGUUGCGGCGUUUGA